AUGAUCAGGACAAGUUUGUACACUUUCAGUUUCACAGCUGAGAUGGAUUCAAAUUCAAUUACUAUAAAAAGAAAUAGCAGCUUAGACCACAAACAGCAUACUACGUUCCUUGUCCAAAUGAGUAAUGCUAAUUAUAGCAUUUCAAGAUCCAUUCAACUCUCCAUCUAUGUUGGAAUGUCAGACUGCCAGGAGGAUCAAAAAGAUCAAUCACAGUCAAUCAAAUUUGAAAAUCUUUUACAUUCAUCCAAAAGUUGAAUCUCCUUUGAACAACCAUCAUUAUGUUGACAACAAUUGCAGAUGAUCAUCCACUGGAAACUACAGCUGAUGUGAGAAGGAAAGCCAUUGAUGACUGGCUUCCAAUCACUUCCUCAAGGAAUGCCAAAUGGUGGUACUCUGCCUUCCACAAUGUUACUGCCAUGGUUCGUGCUUGUGUCCUUAGCCUUCCCUAUGCUAUGGCUCAUCUUGGAUGUAAUCGGACUGGACCGAACUGAACUGAACAUGGACAUAUAGAAGGGCAUUUCUGUUAUAACGGCAAAGGAGGAAGGGUAUAAUAGACCAACAGACAACCCCCGAAGUCCCUAAUUUAUCACUCGCAAGCAGCGUUUUCCCGCCAUUUUUUGCAUUUGCCCUCCCAGUUCUCUUCAACUUACAGGAAACCCUAGAGAGAGAUCGAGAACAUCAUGGAAGUGGAGAUUAAAGAAGAAUUCCACAAAAUUGGAUUCAUGCUAGACAACGAAGAAGAAAUUCUCAAGAAAUCUUUGACUUUUAGGCCUUACAUUCUGUAUAAAUUACAAUCUCAAGCCAUCAGAUCUUGUUUCUAGCUGGGAGGUUUACUAUCUUAACAGGCAAUUAGAUGAAUCAACGGUGCAAAAUUCUGAAAUGGAUGGAUUUUUAUUGCACUUGCAGACUGAACAGAAAGAAGCAGUUCUUAGAGAGGAACAUAAUUUGCACGUCUACUCUAGCAAAGAUGUUGACAUGAUUUUGAACGAUGAGGAGGAAGAUUUGAAAGAAGUAAUUCCUGGAACUCCAACAGACAAGACUCUAAGACUUGAUUCAGAACCAUUUGAUUCUACAGUCAAAUCAAAUGCAAAUGGUUAUUCCUCUGGAAAGCCAUCAAAGCAUGUGACACCCUUUGGACUACGAACUGAUAAGUUUGUGGUCAAAUUCAACAUCAAUAAUCUGCCUGAUACAGAGAAUGGUGACACUGAGCAUGCUAAUGAGAAUCUUGAGGAUGAUAUUAUCAAGAGAGUGCAUCCCGCCAAGAAGUGUUCCUUAGUAUUCCAUGGAUCUGGGCCGGAACCAGGUUGCAGGUUCAUGUAUGACAGGAUUGAAGACAGGUUUAAUGCACUUGAGAACCGCAUCAGAAGGCAUGCAGCUGUGCUUUCUUCUUCUGGACUCUAUGAGGAACCAAUGGACCCUACAAUUGCCUCACAGAGAAAUGUGUUUGCUGUUGGAAUGAUCUGUUGUGAUGGAGAAGGUCAUUUGAAUGAGAAGUCAAUCUUGUUGCAAAGCAGUGUUGAGCAUUCUGGAGGACAGUGUGUUCGUUUGGACUUGCAUAACUUGAGCCAGUUCUCCAUUUUCCCAGGACAGAUUGUAGGUGUUGAAGGUCACAAUCCCAGUGGACAUUGUUUAAUUGCUUCAAAAGUGGUAGAUUAUGUUCCUUUGUUAGCUUCUCCUGAUGAGGAUUUGCACCCUGCAAAGAAGCAAGCUGUGGAUCAGGAAAUUCAAGCAACUGAGUCCACCUAUACACAAGGAGAGAUAUCAACGCUUAUUGCUUCUGGGCCUUUUACCACAACAGACAACUUAUUGUUUGAGCCUCUGACAGAAUUGUUGGCAUAUGCAACCAGAAAGCUACCACAGUUGCUUAUACUCCUGGGACCAUUUGUUGAUUCUGAACAUCCAGAGAUUAAGAAAGGAACUGUAGAUAGGAGCUUUGAUGAGAUAUUUCAUAUGGAGAUUCUCAGAAGGUUGCAAGACUACGUGGAAUAUUCAGGCCCCGAAGCACAAGUGUUAAUUGUGCCAUCUACACGGGAUGCUCACCAUGAUUUUGUUUUCCCUCAGCCUGCUUUUGAAAUUCAUCCACCCAGUCUUAAACAUCAGAUAACCAGUCUCAGGAAUCCAGGAGUAUUUUCAGCAAAUCAGGUCAGAGUAGGUUGCUGCACUGCAGAUAUUCUGAGACAGCUUAGUGGAGAGGAGUUGUCACGAAAUCCAAAAGAUGGAACACCAAUUGAUCGAAUGAGUAGACUUGCAAGCCAUAUUCUUAGCCAGUGCAGCUUUUAUCCAUUAUAUCCACCAGCAGAAGAUAUUCCACUGGAUUUUUCGCUUGCUUCAGAAGCACUUCAUAUCUCCUCAAUUCCUGAAAUUCUUAUCCUACCUUCAGACAUGAAAUACUUUAUAAAGGUACUGUACCUGAGUGGAGGAAGUGAAGGAGAAGAGCAUAUGAAAUGCAUUUGUAUAAACCCAGGAAGAUUGGCCAAGGGAGAAGGUGGGGGCACUUUUGUAGAGCUUAAUUACCAAGGGAGUGCUGACAGGAUGAAUGCUUCUGUCAUAGGCAUAUGAACUCUGGAGAGAAAUUCUCCAAGGAAUAUUUUAAUUUGGCAGCUGGCUCUUAAUGAGAAUUAAAAAUUUGACAUACCAACUGUUAAACUUAGUGAGUUCCAAAACACCAUCCAUUGGAGUAGAUUUGCAUCAGUGUAUAGUUCCGCCAAGUGAACAGGCUUUGUUUUCUUUAUUUACUGGUAACCUCAUGAUCAAUAUUUUUCUUUUUGUAAAAUUUGUACUUGUAAUUUGCUAUUCA